AUGGAUCAUUACAGCACUAAUACCAAUCGAAAUGUCGUGUCCUUGUCCAUCGAAGGUAUGGCAGCAGCAACACUAGCAACACCGCAUCACUUUUUAUGGUACAACAACACGCAAAAGCUAACUAAUAUUCUUCUUAAAUCUCUUCGAUGUAAACUACUAAAGAAACGCUACGAGACGGAUUGGGGUUCCGACGUGUGUCGUAUUAUCGUAAAAAGCAUCGCUUCAUUAAUAACCGCGAAAGAAAUAUUGGUAUUGCUACAGUUACCUCUUUCCUUACCUCCAAAAUUCCCACGUCAUCCAGCCCAACUGUCAUUCACACACCUCUCAUCUGGCCUUGGUGGGAACCAACAGAAAACCACGCAUUCUCAUCAUUUUUAUCAUCGUACUCGUCGCGUUCACAGUGAUGGUAACAGUAAAAGUCGCAUGCCAUCAAAGACUGAAUCGUCCAAACAACAUACUCAGCACAUUCCUUUCACCAAUACGGGACCUUCCAACAAGGAUGAGCUAUUGACAAUCGUUCGCAAUCUUGAUAAGUCAAAUCUGAAAUGCUGUGAUUGUAAUAGCACUGCAACCGUGGAGUGGGUUUCAAUCAAUUUAUUAUGCAUAUUAUGUAUCAAAUGUUCAGGCGUGCAUAGAUCUUUAGGCUCUCACAUCUCUAAAGUUAGAUCCUUAACACUAGACAAUUUCACCUCGAUAGAACUAAUACAUCUUUUACAAAACAAUGUCUCUAAUAGUAACAUCAAUGCCAUUUACGAAAGCAAUCUCCACAAUCUAUCGACAAAGAAAAUAACAUCCAACUCCACGGACUUGGAAAGAUCGAGAUACAUUAUUAAUAAAUACCAAUUUAAAAAAUUUGUUAUCGAUAGCAACCAGGACAAAGAAACUUCCUUAAAGUCUCUGAUCAAGGCUAUCCAUUUAGAUAGCAUCUUCAUGAUGCAAAGAGCUAUUGCGCAAAGCAAGCAUUCUUUAAGAGAAUUAACGACAAGCGAAAAAGAGCAGAACGACUUGAACCAUCCAUCCAUUUUCCAGUACUCUUUAAAACAUUACGAAAUUAUUAACGGAAUCCCGAUAUUCUUCAUUACAGAGUUUUUAUUAUGCAACGGCAUUUAUAUAGAUGAACUACCCAAGAUCACUACAAAUUGGUCUCCAAAAGUAUUAGAAUAUUGGGAGACCAAACUAGAAAUGUACGGAAAUUUCCAAGCCGCCACUGCUCGCCCACAAUCAGGUCCACAUUUAAAUACUCCUUCUAGCACGCCUUGCACAGCUGCUCAUAAUAAGAAACAAAAUUUGAAAGUGAAUAUACCUGAACGUAGUGCUUCCGCAAGUAAGAGAUGGAGUUUGAGUUCCAUUCCUAAAUCUUCUCAAAAUUUAAUUUCCCCGACAAAUUUACUAUCAAUGCAUAAGUCUUUAAAAUUGGCCAAAAAGGACAAAAAAUAG